UGGGUAGGUGGCUCUGCCCCGCCCCUCGGUUGGAGGCCCUUUCUGGUGCUUCUGCAGCGCCGCUGCUCCAAGGAUGGCUGCUCUGGUUGUAAACAAGGCUGGAUCGGGACUAGACAGUGGCCGUCAGGGCAGCUGGGGCACGGCCGUGGUGAAGGUGCUGGAGUGUGGAGUUUGUGAAGAUGUCUUUUCUUUGCAAGGAGACAAAGUUCCUCGCCUGCUGCUUUGUGGCCACACUGUCUGCCAUGACUGUCUCACCCGCCUGCCUCUGCAUGGAAGAGCAAUCCGUUGUCCUUUUGAUCGACAAGUAACAGACCUAGGAGAUUCAGGUGUUUGGGGAUUGAAAAAAAAUUUUGCUUUAUUGGAACUUUUGGAACGACUACAGAAUGGACAUAUUGGUCAGUAUGGUGCUGCAGAAGAAGCCAUUGGGAUAUCUGGAGAGAGCAUCAUUCGUUGCGAUGAAGAUGAAGCUCACGUUGCAUCUGUAUAUUGCACUGUAUGUGCAACUCACUUGUGCUCAGAGUGUUCCCAAGUUACUCAUUCUACGAAGACAUUAGCAAAGCACAGGCGAGUGCCUCUCGCUGACAAACCUCAUGAGAAAACCAUGUGCUCUCAGCAUCAGGUGCAUGCCAUUGAGUUUGUUUGCUUGGAAGAAGGCUGUCAGACUAGCCCACUCAUGUGCUGUGUCUGCAAAGAAUAUGGAAAACACCAAGGUCACAAGCAUUCAGUAUUGGAACCAGAAGCUAACCAGAUCCGAGCCUCAAUUUUAGAUAUGGCUCACUGUAUACGGACCUUCACUGAGGAAAUCUCAGAUUAUUCCAGAAAAUUAGUUGGAAUCGUUCAGCACAUUGAAGGAGGAGAACAAAUAGUGGAAGAUGGAAUUGGAAUGGCCCACACAGAACAUGUACCGGGUACUGCGGAGAAUGCCCGGUCAUGUGUUCGAGCUUAUUUUUCUGAUCUACAUGAAACUCUGUGUCGUCAAGAAGAAAUGGCUUUAAGUGUUGUCGAUGCUCAUGUUCGAGAAAAAUUGAUUUGGCUCAGGCAACAACAAGAAGAUAUGACUAUUUUGCUGUCCCAGGUUUCAACAGCCUGUCUCCAUUGUGAAAAGACUUUGCAACAGGAUGAUUGUAGAGUUGUCUUGGCAAAACAAGAAAUUACAAGGUUACUGGAAACAUUGCAGAAGCAGCAGCAGCAGUUUACAGAGGUUGCAGAUCACAUUCAGUUGGAUGCCAGCAUCCCUGUCACUUUUACGAAGGACAAUAGAGUUCACAUCGGACCAAAAAUGGAAAUUCGAGUUGUUACAUUAGGAUUAGAUGGUGCUGGAAAAACUACUAUUUUGUUUAAGUUAAAACAGGAUGAGUUUAUGCAACCUAUUCCAACAAUUGGUUUUAAUGUGGAAACUGUAGAAUAUAAAAAUCUAAAGUUCACUAUUUGGGAUGUAGGUGGAAAACACAAAUUAAGACCAUUGUGGAAACAUUAUUACCUGAAUACCCAAGCUGUUGUAUUUGUUGUUGACAGCAGUCAUAGAGACAGAGUUAAUGAAGCACACAGUGAGCUUGCGAAGUUGUUAACAGAAAAAGAACUCCGAGAUGCUUUGCUUCUGAUUUUUGCUAACAAACAGGAUGUUGCUGGAGCCCUUUCAGUAGAAGAAAUCACUGAACUUCUCAGUCUUCAUAAACUGUGCUGUGGCCGUAGCUGGUAUAUCCAGGGCUGUGAUGCUCGAAGUGGGAUGGGACUAUACGAAGGGUUGGACUGGCUCUCACGGCAGCUUGUGGCUGCUGGAGUAUUGGAUGUUGCUUGAUUUUAAAUGCAGCAGUUGUUUCAAGUUUUGUGGUUAAGAGUUAUUUUGCACAUAAUAUGUUGUAAGAAAUUCUACAUCUCAAAGGUAGUUAAUUUAGAAUAUGUGUAUGAAAGGAAUUUUGGAUUGGGAAUUCAGUACAAUAUUGCUUUACCAAAAUUAUUCUAUAGCAAAAUUUAAAUAUCUGAUUGAGAUUAAAUUGGAUUAAAUAGGGAUUUCUUGAUUUUACAUUUUUUAAAAUGCACAUUUGUUAUUUGAGUUUUUCAGAUUAUAUGUGACCCAUAUAUUGAGAAAUAGUUACAGAGAAAGGGUAAGUGAAGAUGUAUUCUUAUAGCCAACCGAGUGCCUAAAGACCUCUGCAGCAAGUGAGGCAUGGCUUCUUUACUUGUCUUUCCUGAAUUCUGGCAGUAUUUAGUAGUAAGAAUGGCAAUGACUUAAUGAAAUAAGAUCCACAAAUUGCAUCUUUGGGUUAUAGGAUUACUUUUACCUUUAGUAAUAGAAAACCUUUAAAGCUAAGACUAUAAGCUAUAGAAAAUUAAUAUUUUAUACAGUGUUUUAUUAAAACUUUCUCCUAAAGCAUUUUGUAUAAAACCCAGUGAGUCAAAAUGAAAUGUUGCCUAACUAGGCCUGAUUUGUAACAUUAGUACUAACCUGAAUAAUAAUUAAUAAUAAAAAAACU